AUGAUUCUGGAACUGAAAAAGGAUUCGAAGUCAAGCAGCUGUACUUAUAAGGAGCUCACUGAGAAAGCUAUAGGCGAAGCGGUGAAAGUGAGAGCCCUGUGCCCGGAGGCAACCAUCCAAUGUAAGGACCUGGAUGAGAUAUCCUCGGAAGAAGAGCUAAGAGAAGCUCUGGAAAAACAGUGCGAACUUGGAGAAGUGCAGAUGAUGAUCCGAAUGAGGAAGGGACCUUUCGGCACGCAAGCGGCUUCGGUUAGGCUUCCAGUCGAAGCAGCAAACAAGGCACUUAAAAUUGGGAAGAUCAAAGUUGGCUGGUCGGUAUGUCCAUUGAGCGUCUCCCAGCAACCGGAAGUGUGCUUCAAGUGUCAAGAGUUCGGCCACCUGGCGAGAAAUUGCAGUGGACCUGACAGGAGCAAAUUAUGCAGAAGGUGCGGGGAAGAAGGCCACAUGGCAAAAGACUGUCGGCAGGCUCCGAGAUGUCUGAUCUGUGCAACCGAAGAAGGCGACUGCAACAAAAUCACAGUGGAGGUAACGCAAAUCAACCUCAACCACUGCGACACUGCACAACACUUGCUGCGGCAAUCUGUAGCGGAGUCUAAAUGCGAUAUAGCUACCAUUUCGGAGCCUUACCGUAUCCCGGCCAGCGAUGGACACUGGAUAGCAGAUAACGCAAAAUCAGCGGCGAUUUGGACGACGGGGAGAUAUCCAUUUCAGGAAGUGGUCUAUCGUGCAGAUGAAGGUUUCAAAUGCUCGACAGAGGAGCUCAUCGAUCGGAGACCUGUCGUUAUAGCCGGCGACUUCAACGCUUGGGCAGUAGAAUGGGGCAGCCGAUUCACUAACUCAAGGGGGAGUAGUCUACUCGAGGCCUUUGCAAAGCUGAACAUAGAUGUUGCAAACGAUGGUACAGCCAGCACCUUCCGCCGCGACGGUCGAAAUUCAGUUAUUUACGAUACCUUCUGCAGCCCAGGGCUGGUUGGAAGUUUAAAUUGGAGAGUGUGCGUGGGGUACACCCACAGCGACCACCAAGCGAUCCGGUACACUAUCGGAAGCAGUAGACAGUCGGAAGCGCGUAUGAUCCAAUCAAACGAGCGGAGGUGGAAAACAACGAAGUUUGACAAGGGAGUCUUCGUCGAAGCGUUGAGGCGUGAGUGCAAUCACAGUGACUUCAGUGCAGAUGAAGUGACAACGGCAUUAGCAAGAGCGUGCGAUGCAACCAUGCCAAGAGAAGGUAAACCAAGGUACACUCGCUGCCCAGCCUUCUGGCGGAAUUCGGCGUUUGCCGACCUACGUGCAUGCUGCCACCGAGCCCUGAGAAAGAUGCAGAGAACCCGAAACGUCGCGGAAAGAGAUGCUCUAAGACCAGCGUAUAAGGCGGCAAGAGCCGCACUUAACAAGGAAAUAAAGCUCAGUAAGAAAGCCUAG